AUGUCCACUAUUCUUUUCCUUGACUUAAACACUGUAUCAUUCCCCACGGAUGAAUUCGGAAUGGAAAAAGGUCUAAGACAAGGCGAUCCAAUUGCCCCCUUGCUUUUCCUUGUUGUUGUGGAGGGUUUAAAUGGUUUGCUUAAACAAGCGGUGCAACUAAGGAAGUAUUCGGGGUAUAAUUUAGGGAACUCCGAGGAGGUAACAGUGUCAAUGUUACAAUUUGCAGAUGACACCUUGUUCUUUGGGGUCGCUUCUUUGCAAAAUGCUCAAACAAUUGAAUGCAUUCUCAGAUGCUUUGAGCUCGUGUCGGGCUUAAAGAUGAAUUUUCACAAGAGCAAGCUAGGAGGAAUUGCAUUAGAGGGAGCACUUGCACAAAGACUAGCUUGGGUUCUGAAUUGUAGGAGGAUGGAGAUACCUUUCACCUACCUGGGCUUAUCAGUGGGAGCAAAUCCUAGAAAGUUGUCUUUUUGGGAUCCAGUGAUCUCUAGACUUCGAAGCCGCUUAUCUCGAUGGCGACAAAAAUCAGUUUCUUUUGGUGGCCGACUUACAUUGAUCUCCAGUGUCUUAUCCUCGAUCCCAUUGUUCUACCUCUCAUUCUACCUGAUGCCAAAAGGUGUGAUCCAAACUUGCAAGAGGAUCAUGAGAACCUUUCUUUGGGGUGGCGCGGAGGGGCACAAAAAACUUGCUUGGAUAAAAUGGGAUGUAGUGUGUAAACCGAAGGAGAUGGGUGGCCUAGGCAUAAAGAAUUGGAAUGUCUUUAACAAAGCUCUUCUCGGGAAAUGGAGAUGGAGGCUAAUGCAUGAACAAAAUAGCCUAUGGGGGAAUGUUUUGAGAGCAAAAUAUACAAUCCCAAAUCUUGGUGACACAGUGGAAAGGAGGGGAAAAGCGUCCGAAUGGUGGAAAGACAUCCUCUAA